UAUAAAACUGUUCUGUUUUGCAGUUCACACACGACAGUCAUGCAUAAGGACUCCUAACUUAAUCUCGCACAUAUUCCACAUAGCUUGUUACGUUAAGCGGAUUCCUUGAUUGCUCACGGCACCCUCCGAGACAUCAUAUACGGUUCAUCCAACGAACCUAAACAAUCCCCAACAAGCCGAGAUGCCUAAGCACAGCAACCUCACUUCUCCCUUUGAACCUACCCUAGACCUUCGGUCUCCCUCCAAAGAACAUGAUCGCGUCCGCAAGCAUUCCGUGAAAUAUGGCAAGUUGAGACAUAUGAAUCACAAUCAGAUCAUUCGACCGAUCGACUGCCCCUCUCACACAUCCGCGAUGGACACCAUCCAAGCCAGCACCAGGUCACAUACCCACAACGAAUGCCUUCUCGACCACCCCUCCGACACACUGCCAGAGGCCGUAACAAAACACAUGUUAUGGAAGCAAGCUCAACUACUAGAGCACGGAUCUCCCAACGGCGGACGCAGAAUCAAGGGCAAGGGCUGGGGCCCCAACAAUCGCAAGUUCAUGAUGCUGAAGGGCGGGGUGAUGACGCAAAGUGUGAGCGAGGCUCGAGGGGAUGUGUUCUACCAGGGCGAAGAAUGCGAGUGGGACGUCGAUGCCGAGUUCAGAGCUGCUGAGCUGGAGCUGUAUGGACCGAGAGCGGACCAGAAUAGCGACAGUGUCUGGGACAUGUAUUCUUGGACAGAUGAUCGCGGUGGAGGGGAAGGAAGAGGAGAGAUGAGUAGGCUUGUGGACUGGGCUUUGGCGAAGUCUGAGGAGAAGAAGUGGAGGACAGUGGACAGGGAAUGGAGCGAGGUUGCGGAGAGCGAUGUUGAGGACGAGAUACUUGAUGGCCCGAGUGAUGAUGAGAUGGGUUGGUGUUCGGGGAAUGAGUGGGUUGUGGUGGAGAGUUGAGCUUCCCAUAGCGUCAGACAUGUUACUACAAGUCCUCGUCUGCAUGAAUCAUUUCCACUCGUACUAUUGUAUCCCGUAUGAAAACGAUGUGUUUUUCCAUUCUACCCCUGUCCCCGGACUUGUGUA